AUGACGCAGAAUCCGCAGGUCGUCACCAAGAACAGGGCAAUAACACAACGCGUGCCCGAAAAAGACCAUACCAUAUCGAAUCAGGAGGAUCAUGCCAAUCCUCGAUUUGUCGCGCGAGGGAACAUUGACCUUCCAUUAACGGUACAGUGGCCCCCAGAUCUAUUCAGGCGCCCAUCUACACAGCGACGUCUUGCUCGGUCAGCGCGGAUUCGCAGUUAG